UUCGCGACAGAAGUGUUCCUUCCUUACGUUUUAUUGAUUUUGAAUAAAGUCUGAAAUGAAAAGCCGAUUGAAAUCGUGCUAAAUUGAGGGACAUUCGCUAGUGAUAAACCCUUUGACGUCAAGUUUUCUUUACAAUAUGUUAAUCCGUGGAGACCUUGUAUUGGUUAGACCCUGACCCUCAAAUUCUGUAGUUGCGAUUUCUUGAAAUUCAUCGUCGGUGCUUAAUGAAAUACUUUGGAGAAUACCGCUUAUAAUUCAAUUCAUUUACUUUCUAAUAGAAACGGUCUAAAUGAUACGCGAAUUUUACGACAGUUCCGAUGAAGAUGAUAUGGACAAUCAGUACCAGGUAGACUCAGAAUGCGCGGUGCUCUCGCGGACAGACCGCGACAUGCAUAACCGCUGCUGUGGGGGGAAGGCCUGGUGCAUUAAGGACAUUUGCGGCAUAAUAUGUGCGGUGUUGACAUGGCUACUGAUCCUGUAUGCGGAGUUCGUGGUGAUGAUGGUGAUGCUGCUGCCAGGCCUCUCCACAUAUCCCAUCUACAGCUACGUCAACAUAUUCAUAUUCCAGAGUCUCGCCUUUCUAGCUUUCGCCUCUCAUUUGAGGACUAUGUUCACCGACCCUGGUGCGGUCCCAAAAGGCAACGCGACUAAAGAAAUGAUUAAGCAGAUGAGUUUCCGGGAAGGUCAGGUGAUCUUCAAGUGCACCAAGUGCUGCAGCAUCAAGCCUGAGCGCGCCCACCACUGCUCUGUCUGCCAGCGGUGCAUAAGGAAGAUGGAUCACCACUGCCCAUGGGUCAAUAACUGCGUGGGCGAGAACAACCAGAAAUACUUCGUCUUAUUCACUUUCUACAUCGCGGCCAUAUCGAUCCACUCGCUGACGCUGUCGGUGUACCAGUUCGUGACGUGCAUCCGGCACGAGUGGCGCGACUGCAGCACGUAUUCUCCGCCGGCUACGGUGGUGCUGCUUCUGUUCUUAAUCGCGGAGGCGCUGCUCUUCGCAAUCUUCACCGCAGUCAUGCUCGGCACGCAGCUACACGCUAUCUGGAACGAUGAAACUGGCAUCGAACAACUGAAGAAGGAGCAAGCGCGUUGGGUAAGGAAGUCACGAUGGAAGAGCAUACAAUCAGUGUUCGGCCGCUUUUCCAUUCUGUGGUUCUCUCCUUUCACUCAGCCGUCGCCGAAAACCAAGCUCGAGAGUUACUUGUAUAGUGUGUAAAGACUCGGUGUAGUUUGUGUAUCGGGUUGUCUGUGGACUGGAUCCGGUUAACGACUAGAUUAGAAUUGCUAAAGUAAAAUUUUCAUCCCCAUUUCAGCCUCAUUGGCUAAAUGGAAAAUCAAAUUUAAGCAAUAUUCUCUUAUUUUUGUAUUGGUAUAUAAUUUAUUUAGUUUGAUAAAAUUAUUAUUUUAAUAAGCUUACUUUUCUCUGUAGAAAGAAAUGUGUUGUCUAAUUUAUUGCUGGUAGUUGAAUCCCUAUAAACUACAGAAAGAAUUAAGAGAGAAGAAUUUGCGUGAAGAUGCGAGUGUUUCUAAUGAUUGUGUACCGCUGGAUCUAGUACGUCUCAAAAUCGUGUUCUUGUUACUUUACAAUAAAUAAAUGUGUUAAUUUUACGUGUAUAUUUUUCAUCACCGCAAAGCGGGGUAGAUUAGUAUUGUCAGUUUACCAAAGUGUAUUCACUAAUCAACAGUACAUAAUCUUAUGUGAAACAUUCGUAUCGCAAGGGAACCAAAAUAGCUGCAUUUAAUUUACUAUUGUUACAAACACUGAUCACAAAUGUUUUGUCUGUUAAUUGUGCAUGUACAUUAUUAUCCAUUAGUCGUGUUAUUUAUUUAUGAAGGAGACGGAUUGUAAACACCGCACUCGCCGCGCGCGGGGAGCGGCUGUAUAAAUGAUAAGAUGUUUUUCGUGUAUUUGCGGUUCUGCAUAUUUUUCAAAGAGUAAUAUUGUAUCAAAUAGAUAGACGAACUAAUUGUAUGUGAAUUCAUAUAGAUAACGUUUACUCUUUGUCUAAAUAUAUUCAAACCGUGUAUUAGAUUUUAUUAUUAGGUUUAUAAACACCAAUCAUAUAAUAUCAAUGGCAUUAGGGACUACUGGAAGAGUUCAAAUCAAAAUAUUUAAAUAAGUUCUAGGGUGUGACUAAUGCUUGAACUUCUAUGAAAUCAUAUACUUUCUGAACUGUAUUGUGGUGGAAUUAUGUAGAUAUACAUAAUAUAAGGUCUAAUCUAGAACCAAUGACAUGGUGUAAGGAUCUCUAUUUUUGUGAUUUAAAAAUCUUUUUUAGUAUUGUUGGCUUUUGACAAGGGGCGUUGAGUCUACAUGCUAGGCAAUAAUUUUUUUGGGUGUUUUUUCAUUGACUUAACGGUUUUCUAUUUGAUCCUUCCAUCUCAGCAAUGAUGUCCACGAGGUAGUCAGCUUAAUUCCAUAGUGUAAGUAAUAUACAGUACUGACGAUUAGUAUUCGAUAAUCAUGAUAUUUAAUUAGCUUAAAUAAUUUAUGACUGCAAUAUUCUGCUGUUUACCCUGUUAAGUUUCGUCCCUGUUGUGUGAUUGAGGAAUUUGUAGGUCUCUCUAGUAUUGUUUGGAGCGUAGCCGGUGUGACAUGUGAGUGGUACCACCACUUAUGCUUAUACUCUUUUUUCGUUAUUUGCAUAAUUUGAACCAGUUAACUUAAUAAAUAAGACGGCUUAUAAGUGUACAAAAAUAGCUGCAAUUAGAUUGUUAUACUUUGGCAUCAUUAUUUUAUACUACAUCUACUCGGGAGUAAACUGUCAUACAAAAAAGCUGGAAGAAAAGUGUAUAAAAAUCCAUUACCUCCCGCUUUUUUACCUUUUUGUCAUCCAUAGUAAAGUAUAAAAUAACGUAAAUAGCCUAUUUACAUCGCAGUGCUGGACACAGGCCUCCCCUUAUUAAAUCGGAGGGGGUAUGGAGUAUACUCCACCACGCUGCUCCAGCGCGGGUUGGUGGUGGUUUUUGUACUAGUAGCCUGGGACCAAUGACUUAACGUGUCUUCUGAAGUGCAAAUCAUCUUACUUUUUCGGACAUUCAGAGAAUCGAAUGUCCUGGGCACACAAAAUACAGUCUCACAGAGUGAUAUGGGCAAUGUCCCCGGACCAUCGGGAUCGGGAGCCCAAUGCUCUGACCAUUAGACCACCGAGGCUGUUAACCUAAUUUAUGUUAAAGGGAGGGCGUGGCCAGGCCGUACGUUUUUGUCAUCAUGACAUUCGGGCAGGACUCGCCAUCUUGUUAUACAUGAAUUUUGAAUAUGAAAAUGAGUAGGUAUACCAAUAUGUUACAUAUUUUUCUUGUAGGUGUAGUAUAAAACACUAGGUAUCACUCGGGAGGAAGUACGGUUCCCAAAAUAGAUUCUUGGUAAUCGGACACUUUCUUACCUCUGUGAGCAAUGUACUAAUGGCUUAAGGAAUUGUGAAAAGUGUUGUUUAUGUUUGUUAUAGAAUACAGGUGUAAGGUGACGAAUCUCGGAAUUUAUCGUUACGUACUUACUGAUGAGUACAAAGUUAUUCAAUGUUAAAAAUUUGAUACUUACAUUUAACACAGCACAAGCUAAUAGCCUUAGUGCUUGCAAUUUAAAUAGAUUGUUUUGUACGACAUCCCUGUUAUUCAUAUAGUAGGACAUUUAACAUUAAUUUAUAAUGUUAGAUAUAGAUAAUAUUGGUAAUUUCUUGGAUUCGUUACCGGGUCUUUACACUUACAUAUCUCGCACUCUUAAAACAAUAGUGACGCAACUGAAAAUUUGGAAUUAUUGACCCUUAGAUAAACAAUGACAUAAAAAUAGAGUACCCUUUUUCUUAUAACGUUAAGGUCUACAGUCGCUCAUAAGAUUAAAGUCAUUGCUACUAAUAUUGUGAUCAAAUUCAGACAGUCAGUAAGCCCAAAUUUUUAGUUGCAUCACUUGUUUUAACAGUGCGAUCUAUUUUUGCUAUAAAUUAAAUUGCGAAAGAACAAAUCUUAUUUAGUAACCUAACUUGCAUCAACACAGUUUUAAGUAUCCUAGAAGCAGUUAUCAAGUAUGUUAAUAAUAAGCUAGCGCGUUUGAUUGUUUGUUUAUUAGAAGUAAGCAAACUUGUAGGCCGAUUUAUGGGAACAUAUUUUAAUUGCAACAGUAUUUUAGCUUUUAUAAUAAUCUUUUGACUUUGUUUUUUGUUGCAGUUCUUUGCGUUACUUUUAACCAUAAAAUGAGUUGAUAUUAUAUUGUGAACAUGAUAGUACUUAUACAGUAAAUCGAUUUUUCCUAUGUAUUGUCGUAGUCAGCCAAUCACCAAGUGUAAUAUGUUUUUAGUCGACUUCCAUACACAAGUAAGAUUGAGAGACAACAGACCGAUCCGAUCCUGCUAACUUCCGCCCCGUUGCCAUAACUUCAGUGCUGUGCAAAGUCAUGGAGCGGAUCACAAACAACCAGUUGAUCCGCUAUCUGGUUUUAAACCGAAACGGUCCACGGGUGAUCUUCUAGCAUUUGUGACGCACCCCUGGGGUGAGGCAAUUGACCUUCACAGGGAAUCAAUGGCAGUCAGUUUAGACAUUGCCAAGGCGUUUGACAGGGUUUGGCACAAAGUUCUUCUCUCCAAGCUUCCUGCAUACGGUCUGCCUGUUAAGCUCUGUGACUGGAUAGCCGGCUUCCUGCAUGAGCGUAGAGUCCGUGUUCUCGCUGACGGAUGUGCUUCGAGGUUCAUGGAAGUGAAUGCUGAUGUGCCACAGGGUUCUGUUCUGUCCCCCACCUUCUUUCUUCUUCAUAUCAAUGACAUGUUACUACAUGGUAACGUUCACUGCUAUGCGGAUGACAGUACGGUGCAUGGCCGAUAUAUCGGUGGACCUGCAGCUGAUCGGGGAGCCGCCGACGAGAAUCGGAAGAAUCUUGUUGUUGUGCUCAACAGGACUUUGGAUCUCAUUUCUGAAUGGCCUCCAGCAACCCAGUUGAGUUCAACGCCAAGAAAACCCAGGUGUGCACUUUUGCCGUCAAAACGUCCCCAUUUCCUUCAGUCCCCAAUCAUCAUGGAGUGCCUCUCGUAUUGCAGGAUAGUCUGACCAUGUUAGGCAUGAACAUUUGCUGCAAUCUCAAUCAACGGAAUUACAUUAAAGGCUUAAUUUCUACUGCCUUCAAAAAACUGGGUAUCCUAAACAGAAUGCGGAGGUUUUUCGCGCUCGACCAACUCUGCCUCUUGUAUAAAUAAGACGCAGGUGCGGUCUUGUGUGGAAUACUGUUCUCAUGUUUAAGCAAAUAAAUUAUCUUUAUCUUUAUCUUUAUCUCUGGGAUGGAUUCGCCAAAUACCUCCUCGAUGCCCUCGACAUAUUGCAACGACGGGCUGUCCGCAUAAUAGGCGACAAAGCAGUUACCAAACACCGGGAACCGCUGCAACUCCGCAGAGACGUUGCAUCUCUGAGCUCUUCUAUCGCCUGUAUUACGGGGAAUGUUCUGAAGACUUGUUUUCCCAUAUCCCACUCUCCCUCUUCCGUCACAGGACCACACGAGCCGGCCAACUAUGCCACCGCUUUACCGUGGAAGAAAUUCUAUGCACAAAAAAAUCGGCAACUCCUAUAUCUGGCGCACCAUUAAAAACUGGAACGGGUUGCCGGCUCAAGUGUCUCCUUCUUACAACGUGGGGUCCUUUAAGCGAAGCGUGAAGAAGCACCUAGUAGGCCAGUAUGGUAAUCGGAACUGAUUUGAAACUGACUCAUUCUGUUGCUUUCCAGUUGCUACUGCAAUUAGGGCUUCUCUAUGUUUACCAUCAGGCAUAGUUUAGCCAACAUACUUGGCCAAUAUAUUUAUAAAAUUCAACAGUCCUUCAUUGCCGUGUUCCAAUGUAAAAGUAAAUUCUUUUUAAAGGAACGACGACACGUUUGUGUGAUUUAUGGCUUAAAAAUAUAAGCUUGACAUUUUGUACAUCUUAAGGACCACUAAAAUACGAAGUUUGCAUGAAACAUUUACUUAAUAAACAUGACCUGAGUAUGGAACGGGUAUUAUAAGGAACUGAACAAAUUGGUUAUAUAUUUAGAAACAUAGUUUUUUACUGAAUAAAUAAUUAGGUACUCAUCAAAAUAUUUCAACUGAUCUGAUAAAAAAUGUAUCAAUGAUACUUAAAGUUUAAAAUGUAAGCAAACAUGCACUUUGACUAAUUAUAUUUAGUAUAUUUAUUUCUACAACUGACGCCUACCUUAUCACAAGUAAUACAAACACUAUCUAGAUUCUUAAAACUACUUGAUGGCGGUUUUCAACAUUUAACACCAUGAACUGUGUGCCUAAUACAAUAAAAUAUAAAUAGCUUAAAGAAAUUAAAUUUAUUUACCAGAUACAUAAUUAUUUACACUAUGUAUCGUGAUAAUAAUCCGUAUGUAUACUGUUAUAAAUGAUAUGAUAGCUGUAUCGUCAAAUUGAACAAAAAACAAAAGUUACAUGUAAUAUGACAUUUGCGUUUUGCAAUAUUAGAAAUUCUAUGAAUUUGAAUUCCUUGGUAGACCUAAAUUAGCACAAUUAUAUUUAUAAUAAAAAGACAUUUUAUAUUUAUUUUAUAUAGAGAAAUACUUGAUCUUCAACUGGAAGGUAUGGCCACGGCGAAUCGUUACAUAAGUAUUAAUAAAAGUUCCAGGAGUUACAAUAUAGUACAUCAUUUAUGAUUUAUAAACGAUAGACUCAGUUCAUUACUUAAGAACCUCCUCAUUUUUCUAAUUAGUUUUCUCAUGCUUAGACCCUGUCUCGAUUUAAACAAAUACCUACUAUUACAAUAUACUUAAUAGGUUUUAAUACAUACAUCUAAAAGUGGCUCUACAGCGACACAUUAAAAAUUGAACGAAUACUGGACAUUAUCAUAUUAAUGAACAUUAUAGUGAGUCUCUUUUAACUUGAUGGUUGUUGGUGAUGACGAUGAUGUUUUGGUGUUAAUUUGCAUUUUUGGGUUAUUUUUUUUACAUGUAGUGUCACUAAUGUAGAACUUUCAAACAAUCUACCUAUUUUAUAUAAUUUAUAAGCAGACUGAAAAUUUUAAAUAAAGUACUGGUAAGUCAGUCGUAAUUGUACAAGUUUGCAAUUUGAGCAAACUUCGAGGUACUAUUUAAUUAUAAUUACAGUAAUUAAUUUGUGUGUAUGUUGCACAUUUUGUCGCUUUGCUAUGUUGUGACGUUAACUUUCAAAAUGGCUGCAGAUAAUUUGAAAAAACAUUUAUUGUAAUUAUAAUGGGGCGUCUGGUAUAAGUACAGUUGUAAGAAAGUACACCUGCAUAUGAGCUGCAUUGAAAACUGUAAUAUAUAUUUUCUGCGAAUAAAGUGUGAAGUUCGUACUUUGAUCACAGUAAUGUUAUCUAGGCCUUAUAGGUAGUAACAAUUAAUAUUAUUUUAGUAUUAAUUGUUCGAGUUACUUUAUACUGGACGUCCUAUUAUAAAUAUCCAUCUACGUAGAACCCACUUAGCAUUGCCGUCGCGUGGAAUUCCAUUGUAAAAUAUUAUUUAAUGUCCUUUUUGUCUAUCAUAAAAAGUAAGAUAAGUUUUUGAAGGGAUUUAUUUUCAUUAAAAAUGAAAUAUGCAAUUA